CAGAAGUUCCAUACAACAACUUGCACACGUGUGAGGAGGCAAGAGGUGAUUAAGCUUCCACUCUCAACAGACAUUUUUGCUUCAUCGUAUUUGUCUUGUUAACUGGAAUUUACCAUUUGUAUGAAGGUAAAAAUGGUCUCGUUUUAAAUACAUUGACAUAACAAAUAUGUUAUAAUAUUAUAUUUAAUUCAUAUAGUUAAAUUAAUUACUUACUUUAAUGGUGAACGUGAAACAUAAUUUAUUCGAGUAGGCUAAAACCAUUUCUUUGCAACACACGUGAGAGUUAUUUUUGAGGCAACCGCGUGCGAGGUCUAAUCCACAGUGGAUGCACACCCAGAACGAGCUGUCCUGUCUUUCUUCAUGGCAAGACCCGAUGAUGUUUGUCUAGCAUGGCUAUGGUUCCUGAACAAACGACUCACGGACCGUUAUGGCUAUUAGCCGCGCUUAUAUGGACUCCCUGUCCCGAGGCAUCUUUAAGAAAUUCGUGGUCAUGCUGUGCACACUCCUCACCUCUGUGUUCCUCCUGCACUCCCUUGUGGACCGCUGCACCACUAUGCCGACCCCGGUAAAAGCCUCAACUCAAGUCGUCGGGUUCCUUGCUACGGAACUGCAUGACUUGAGGUCACUGAGGAGAAAAAGACUGUUACAAAAAUGGACCACUAAGUCAGACUUGAGCCAUGACAGCGCAAAACGAAUUUCGCGGUUCCAAGACGCCGACGCAGAGCAUGUUUUGGUCGGAGCCCAGGUGGAGGAUCCAGAGUCGUAUAGGCACAUAUCCCUGGAUUUAAUUUCUUCGAAAAUAAUUUCACCCAGGUUCAUAGAAAGGAUUGAAGACUCAGUUAAACUCAGUCCGCUGGGAGAGGGGACCAAAAAGCUGCCCCAAGCCCUUAUCAUCGGGGUGAAGAAAGGAGGGACGCGCGCUCUGCUCGAGUUUCUCCGCGUGCAUCCCGACAUCAGAGCGGUGGGAGCCGAGCCGCACUUCUUCGACCGCAACUAUGAUAACGGGCUGGAGUGGUACAGGGAGCUGAUGCCCAAGACCCUGGAGGGCCAGAUCACCAUGGAGAAGACCCCCAGCUACUUUGUGACCAGAGAGGCUCCGGCCAGGAUCUCGGCCAUGUCCCGGGACACCAAGCUGAUCGUGGUGGUGCGUGACCCCGUCACCAGGGCCAUCUCCGACUACACCCAGACGCUGUCCAAGAAGCCCGACAUCCCCACCUUCGAGAGCCUGACCUUCAAGAACAGGACCACGGGCCUCAUCGACACCUCCUGGUCGGCCAUCCAGAUCGGCAUCUACGCCAAGCACCUGGACAACUGGCUCCAGUACUUCCCCAUGGGCCAGAUCCUGUUUGUGAGCGGGGAGAGACUGAUCAGCGACCCGGCCGGAGAGCUGGGCCGCGUGCAGGACUUCCUGGGGCUCAAGAGGAUCAUCACAGACAAACACUUCUACUUCAACCAGACCAAGGGCUUCCCCUGCCUCAAGAAGGCCGAAGGCAGCAGCAAGCCCCACUGCCUGGGCAAAACCAAAGGGCGGACCCACCCCAACAUUGACCCUGAGGUGGUGCAGAGGCUACGGGACUUCUACAGGCCUUUCAACAUGAAGUUCUACCAGAUGACCGGUCGGAUAUUUGGCUGGGAUGACUGAACGAACGUCAUCCAUGUUCGGGUUUGGUUUUGACUGUGUGUCAGCAGCCACAAUAAGCCGAAGCAAUAUGCGCCUGUGAGAAGAAAAUAUAAAGCCUAAUCUGCUCUCACUGGCAAGCCAGAUAUGCAAUGUUUCACUGUUCCAUUCUAGCAUCACAGCUGCUGUCUCAAAUCCAGUGGAAGGGAAAUCGGCUGGUUCAUUCUGGAUUGAUGGAGCUGUGAGUGGGACAGGUCUUGUCAGUGUGUGAAGUGCUUUUCCAGUUGGAAUCAGUGGCAGACAAACGUGCUGUGCUUCUGUGUUUGGGGACGUUUGGGGAAAUCACAGCGUCUGGAAAAAGCUUUUUCCAGGUGACUUUAUGCCAUAUUUUAAGCAUAACAAGCUGCUUUCAAAGUUUAACAUUUUAUAGAAAAAUAAUCUGAAAAGAUAAAAAUAAAUGUAUUUUUGGAAUGUAUUUAUUCAAGAUUUAUUACACAUGCAUUAUAUACUUAUUUUAAAUAACUCAUCACUGAUAUAUGUUUUGUUCUUAUGCCUAGAGUUUGUUUUAUAUUGCACAACAUAAACGCUUUACUCUCAUUUUAUUUCUCGGUUAUUCGUUUUUAAUUGGUCUAUUAUUUACAUCGAUGGGUUCCCACACUUGUUCCUGUUUAGCUUCCAAUUCCAAUCUUGUGACGGUUUGUUUUUGCAUGGAUCCUCUCCCGUUAGGUUAAUUCAAUUAACCCAGUUAGGGAAGAAAGAUAGAUCUCGAUUCCACAAGUUACAGCUACUCCGACAUGGAGGAAAGAGACAGCCCUAAGGGCCUACCCAAGCUAAUACUCCCAUUUCCUCGACAUGCCUUCCUCAGAACUGAAUACAGUUGAUGUCACUGGCCUGUCGCUGCCCAGAGGGGAACCUCAGACGGAGGUCUUCUUCAAGCAAGCAGCUGUAGAACAAUGGAGAACAGUGUUUCUGAUUUAUAUCUGGCAGUAUUGUAAACUUCCACAGAGCCUCUCUCUCAGAGCAGAUGUGACGCAUUUUCAUUUUUUUUG